CUGCUUAUAAAAGUUCCUCUCAGUGUGGCGGAUCACUGCCGAUCAGUCCGUUUCUCAUCAGGUUGAUCCCGGAUGGCUCCGCUGACAGGAUGAAGGUUUCCCGCUGCCUCCUGCUCCUGGUCCGGCCGGUCCGGACCGCGGUCCAGUUCGGAGCUCCGCUUCCAGGGCCCCACGGCCCGCAGCAGGCGGCGAGGCAUUUCCGAUGCAGCCCUGCGUCCGCGAAGAGUCGCCCAGUACCCGCGCGGUUCGUCAACCAGGACGAGAAGAAGAGGACGACGUCCCUGGCCACCCAGGAGGACUUGUUUGAGCAGGUGGCCAAAGAGGCCAAAACCAAGGCCACAUUCAACGAGGUCAUCGAGGUCUUCACCAAGAGGGACGUCAGGCGGCGCGGCCACGUGGAGUUCAUCUACACCGCCCUGAAGAAGAUGGCCGAGUUCGGGGUGGAGCGAGACCUGAGCGUUUACAACAAACUGCUGGACGUUUUCCCCAAAGAGGUCUUCGUCCCCAGAAACUUCAUCCAGCGGAUGUUCAACCACUAUCCCCGGCAGCAGGAGUGUGGGGUGCAGAUCCUGGAGCAGAUGGAGAACUACGGCAUAAUGCCGAACGUUGAGACCAAAGUCCUGCUGGUCCGGAUCUUUGGGGAGAAGAGCCACCCUAUGAGGAAGUUCCAGCGCAUCAUGUACUGGUUCCCCAAGUUCAAGCACAUCAACCCAUUCCCCGUUCCUCAGCCCCUCCCUGGUGACCCUGUGGACUUGGCCCGCUUGAGCCUGAAGCGCAUCGCCAACGACCUGGAUGCUAAAGUUACCGUCUACCAGCUGCCCUGCACAGACGUCACCGAGAGCGGCGAGGAAGUGGAGCUUCCACAUAUAGUCGGCAUCCAGAGCGCGGCUCAGAUGGAGCUGCUGGCCAAGCAUAACCCCAACAGGCCGGUGUUUGUGGAGGGGCCCCUCCCCCUGUGGCUGAGGAAGACCUGCGUCUACUACUACGUUCUGAGGGCCGACCCGGCCCCGCCGGAGGAGAAGGUUUGGAAACUCUCCGCUGUGUUUCCUUUAGGUUAA